AUGGCCCACACGGAGUACACGACGUGCAAGUCCAUCGGCGGCAAGGCGCCCCAGAAGCAGCUGGUGCGGGAAAUCAUGCAGGACUACAAGACUGAGCUGCACUUCCAGAGCUCCAUCGUGUCGAUGUUGCAGGAGGCCGCCGAGGCGUACCUCAUCGGGCUCUUCGAGGAUACCAACCUCUGCGCCAUCCACGCCAAGCGCGUCACCAUCAUGCCCAAGGACAUCCAUCUCGCCCGCCACAUCCACGAGGAGGGCUUCGAAUGCUUCCUGCCCCCAUGGUUCCUUGUUGACCCCUAG